AUGGAAGUAAGCCAAGAAGAAGAUGGAAUAUUUUGUUCCCAAAAGAAAUACACAGAAGAUUUGUUGAAAAUGUUUAAUAUGACAGGUUGCAAGUUAGUUGCAACACCAUUGAUUCCUAAUGAAAAGCUAAGAAACGAAGAUGGUGUCAAGAAAGUGGAUGCAUCAACCUAUAGAAGCUUAGUGAGAAGUCUGCUUUAUUUAUUCAAUACCAGACCUGAUAUUCUAUUUGCUACCAGUUUGCUUUCAAGGUUUAUGCAAUGUCCAAGUCAGAUUCACUUUGGAACUGCUAAGAGAAUUCUAAGGUACUUGCAAGGAACAAUUGGUUUGGGCAUGUGGUACAAGAAAUCUUCAGGAACAAAGCUGGUUGGCUUCACUGAUAGUGACACGGCAGGUUCUACAGAUGACAUGCGAAGUACUUUUGGUUACUGUUUUGGUCUUGGAUCUGGUAUGUUUUCAUGGAGCUCAAAGAAACAAGGAAAUGUAGCUCAAUCCACAAUCGAGGCAAAGUAUGUUGCUACUGCUUGA